AACCAUUAAAAUAAUUUAAAUAUUACUUAGGCUUAUUCCAAAAAACGUGAGUUUAGUGAUUUUAAAUUAUGGGAUGUUGUUUUUCUGUUUCGUAUAGCCAAGAUGUUUUGCGAUCCAAAGAAAUUGAAUCAUAUCUUCGUCAGGAUCAAGAACAAGCAUGUCAUGAAGCCAAAAUAUUAUUAUUAGGCGCUGGAGAAAGUGGAAAGACGACAAUUUUGAAGCAAAUGAGGCUGAUUCAUCUAUCUGGUUUUACAUUGAAGGAACGCGAAUACUAUAGAACAAUUAUUUUUAGCAACAUGUUGCAGUCUAUGCGACUUAUUAUUCAAGCUAUGGAAGAAUUUGAUAUUUGUUUUGAGCGACCAGAAAAUGAACAAUAUCUUGAUUUGUUAUUGCAAGAACGAGAAUUGACGGAUAGAGAGAAUCUUCCUCCAGAGUAUUAUAGACCUUUUAUAUCUUUAUGGGAAGAUGCAGGGGUAACACGUGCUGUUAAUCGUGGAAAUGAAUAUGCUUUGCAUGAUAAUUGCUUUUAUUUUUUUGAAAACAUUCAUAGGCUUUUUGAAAGGAAAUAUAUCCCUACAGACCAAGAUAUUUUACGAUGUCGGUUAAAAACAACAGGGAUUACGGAAACAUGUUUUAAAGUAUCUCGAUUAACGUAUCGAAUGAUCGAUGUAGGUGGUCAAAGAUCAGAAAGAAGGAAAUGGAUUCAUUGUUUUGAGAAUGUGACAGCUGUUCUUUUUCUUGUUGCUAUCUCUGGCUAUGAUCAAUGUUUGACAGAAGAUAUUGGUGCUAAUCAAAUGCAAGAGGCUCUUGUCUUAUUUGAUUCAAUUUGUAAUUCUCAAUGGUUUAUCAACACAUCAAUUAUACUUUUUCUUAACAAAAUCGAUCUUUUUAAAGUUAAGCUUCAUGUAUCGCUAAUAUCGAAUUAUUUUCCAGACUUUAAUAAUGAUAACCAAACUGAUUAUCGCGCUUCUUGUCUUUUUUUUCGGCAAAAAUUUUUGAAACUCAAUAGAAAUCAUCAAAAAACAAUUUAUACACAUUUUACAAACGCUACAGAUACAACGCUUUUGAAAAACGUCAUGAUUUCUGUGACCGAUAUUAUAUUUAAUCGAAAUUUACAGAAUUUAAUGCUUUAA